AUGGCCCCAAUCUGUGCCAUUCUAUGCGGCCGAGAGCCGAAAUUGGUCGACUUCAUGAAGACCGCUCUCGCACCAAAGAUUGAAAUCGUCCUCGUGUGCUCAUCGACCGAAGCUGCACUCUCCGAGAUUCCGGAACGACUGAAAAGCGAUAAUGACCAACAAGUCUCUCUUAUCCUCGUUGGUGGCCUCUACCCACCGGAGGACGUCGAGAAGAUCAAGGCCGCUGCCGAUGCCGUGCGACCUGUGGCAUUCUUCGUCGCGGACAGGAGCAAAAUCCCAGCUGGUGCGACUGGUCCGCCGCCUCCAGAGAUCAUCAAGCAGCGUAUCCUGGGCGCCGUUGAGGCAAUGCAGACUUCUGAGGGCGUGUGGGAGCCGACUGUGCAUAAAUUCUAG